AGCCGCUGCUGCUGCUGCUGCCGCGUAUAAAAGUGUGGCGGUGUUGGUUGGCGGUUUGCGGAGACUUUGGCGAUAUCAACAGCACCUCGAGAUUGCGAUUUAGAGGACAGAGCCCGGGCGUUGGAGACUGCUCCCACCACCGCCUCCUCCUCCUCGUUCCUCCUCCUCCUGUUCCACACCGCCCCCCCCUCCACCACUCCACUCCACUCCCGUCGGCUAUUCAUUGCAGCUCUCAUUCUCUCGGGCGGAGGCCAGAGAUAGGAGAGGCAGAGGAGUGGAGAGAGAGAGGAGGGGGAGAGAGCGAACGUAGACCACAGAUUCAACGCAACUUUAGUGAGACACACAGGGAGGAGUGGAGAGAGAGACAGGGGAGAGAUACAACGUAGACCACAUAUUCAACACGACUUUAGUGAGACACACACAGAGAGAGACAGGGGAGAGAUACAACGUAGACCACAGAUUCAACACAACUUUAGUGAGACACACAGAGAAAGAGAGAGAGAGAGAAGAUAUUUUAAAAAAAAUAUUUUUUCGUCGUUCUUGGCUUCAGCCGCGGGGUUGACGUUGCCGAGAUGAUCGGCUGUCGGUGCGUGAAGAGGAAGCGAGGGGAGUUCGCCCGUUAGGAGGAGGAGUGGGGGGGGGGUUCCGACUCGUCUAGCGGUCGUGACGGGCACCGCUGCUGUCAUCAGCAGUUUGGGUGGUGGGUGGUGGUGGUGGGGGGGGUCCCUGCGUCGUUUGGUGCUCAGCGAGGAGCGACACCGGCAAGAGUCACGAGUCACGACGCGGAUCCAUCCAGCUGACGGCACCGGGAAAAAUCGGAGGACCCGGUUCGAAACAUCCACGUGACCACGGGGAGAACACACGGACGUUCGAUAUGCAGGCGUCAGGGUAGGGAUCGAACCGACGACCUCCUGUGUACCAAGCGAGGGUUGCCGGGCUCACUCUCCGUGAUCGUGUGAGGAGCUCGGUAAGCCGGGACAGGCUCCGAGUCGAGCGACCGGAGCGAGUUCAGGUGGUCCGGUCCACCAGCGCCACGAUGGAGCCUCGUGACAGCCACGGACGCGCUCCGGCACAACAAAGACGAGACACGCCACAUCACCACCAUCACCACCAUCACCAUCGCCUACUGCCGCUGCUUCUCGUUCUCCUCGUCGCCCUCUGGGUGUGCCCCACCCCGAGCCGCGCCGAUAUCUUCUGGCACAAGACGCGCGUUCCGCUGGUGCGAGACCUGCGGGUCGUGCCGCUUGAUCCGUCGGACUUCGGAGCUCCAGCCACGCCGCGUGCCGCCUGCGGCCCCGUGGCCUCCCUGGCGUGCCGCCCCCCCUCGCCCUGGUGGCAGCAACACCCCGCCGGGCCCGCCGGUGGUGACGGUGGUGGCGCUGUGGAUGUCGACUUUCUGCAGCAGCUGCAAGAGCAGUUGUCGUACGAGACGGUCUACGACAACGGCACCCGCACGCUCACCCAGGUGGCCAUCGACGGCCUCGACACCCGCGGCCCGGCCCCGCGUCCACCCCGCCGCCGUCCCCGCCGCCAGAUCUACGGCACGGACGGACGCUUCACCAUCGCGGCGGACGGCUUCGCCCAGCGGCACCCCUUCUCGGCGGCGGUGCGCCUCUCCACGGGCUGCACGGGCGUGCUGGUGUCGGACCGCCACGUGCUCACGGCCGCGCACUGCGUGCACGACGGCCGCGACUACGUCAAGGGGGCACGUCGGUUGCGCGUCGGCUUCCUCAAGCGGCGCUCGGCGGGGCCGGACGAACGGCGUGGAGGCGGCGGGGGCGGCCGCGGCGGAGGCCGGGAGAAAAAGGGGAAGACCGGCGGCCGCGGCGGGGAAGGCCGCCCCGACCGCUCGCGGCGGCAGCAGCAGCCACUCGACAAGGCGAGCUUCAGGUGGUCGCGCGUGCGUCGCACGCACCUACCCAAGGGUUGGAUCCGCCCGGCGCAGUCGCAGUCGCCCGGCGGUAACGUCGCGGGCGCCGGCAUGGACUACGACUACGCGGUGGUCGAGUUGAGGCGCCCGCACGACCGUCGCUUCAUGGAGUUGGGCGUGAGCCCCCCGGCGGGUCGGUUGCCCGCCGGACGACGCCUCCACUUUUCGGGCUUCGACGACGACCGUCCGGCGAGCCUCGUGUACCGCUUCUGCGCCGUGGCGGAGGAAAGCGCUGAGUUGACGUACCAGCGGUGCGACGCGCGACCAGGAUCGAGCGGCUCGGGCGUGUACCUGCGUCUGCGCGAUGCCGCUAAGCGUCGCUGGACCCGCAAGGUUGUUGGGGUGUUCUCGGGCCACCAGUGGGUGGAAGUGGGGGGCGAGGCGGGCGAGGCGAUGGCCCAAGACUUCAACGUGGCCGUGAGGAUCACGGCGCUCAAGUUUGCGCAGAUUUGCUACUGGGUGAAGGGGAACUACGCCGACUGUAGGGAUGGUUGAUUGGUGGUGGGGCGGUGGGUGGUGGUGGGCGAUGAUGGUGAUGAUGAUGGUGAUGAUGAUGGUGAUGAUGAUGGUGAUGAUGGGCAUGGUGAUGAUGAUGGUGAUGAUGGGCAUGGUAAUGAUGAUGGUGAUGAUGAUGGUGAUGAUGGACAUGGUAAUGAUGAUGGUGAUGAUGAGGGUGAUAAUGAUGGUGAUGAUGAUGGUGAUGAUGGACAUGGUAAUGAUGAUGGUGAUGAUGAGGGUGAUGAUGGGCGAUGAUGAUGCGCGAUGAUAAUGAUGGCCGAUGAUGGUGAUGAUGAUGAUGGUGAUAAUGGGCAUGCUAAUGAUGAUGGUGAUGAUGAUGGUGAUGAUGGGCAUGGUAAUGAUGAUGGUGAUGAUGGGCAUGGUGAUGAUGGUGAUGAUGAUGGUGAUGAUGAUGAUGGUGAUGAUGAGGGUGAUGAUGGGCGAUGAUGAUGCGCGAUGAUAAUGAUGGCCGAUGAUGGUGAUGAUGAUGGUGAUGAUGGUGAUAAUGGGCAUGCUAAUGAUGAUGGGCAUGAUGAUGAUGAUGGUGAGCGAUGAUGAUGAUGGGCGAUGAUGAUGAUGGGCGAUGAUGAUGGACAAUGAUAAUGAUGGACGACGAUGAUGAUGAUAAUGGGCGAUGAUGAUGGGCUAUGGUUAUGGGCGUUGAGGAUAAUGACGAUGGCCGAUGAAGAGGAUGAUGAUGAUGAUGGGUGAGAGCCGAUGGCACAGGUAUCGAGAUUGGCCGCCCUGGAAUUUUUUAAAAUGUUUAAUUAAUCACUGAUGAGUACUAAGAGGUCGAGGAGAGGCUGCUGUCUCUGUGUGCGACGAAUCGGUGGCGGAGGUCAAGUUGCAGGUCGACUACGAGGUCGACUUGCAGGUUGACUACCAGGUCGACUACGAGGUCGACUUGCAGGUUGACUACGAGGUCAACUUGCAGGUCGACUUGCAGGUCGACUGCGAGGUCGACUACGAGGUCGACUACGAGGUCGACUACGAGGUCGACUACCAGGUCGACUUGCAGGUCGACUGCGAGGUUGACUACAAGGUCGACUACGAGGUCGACUUGCAGGUCGACUACCAGGUCGACUUGCAGGUCGACUACGAGGUCGACUACAAGGUCGACUUGCAGGUCG